AUGGCCAGUCCGGGGCUGCCCUCAGGGCUGCGUGCUCAGCCCUCUCCUCUAAUCCCUGUUCACACACGACUGCGUUCCAACACCAUCGUGAAGUUUGCGGAUGACACAACCGUCAUCGGGCUGAUCACCGACGGCGAUGAGACAGCGAAGCAGCAGAGAGAGGGUCACACCCCCAUCACCCCCAUCACCAUCAGUGGAGAGAGCCUCCUGCUGUGCUCGGCCACAGGCCUGCUGAUGGUGGAUCAGCGCAGAGAUGCAGAGGAAGACCAGGAGCGCAACAAAGCCAUCUUAGAAAUGCUACACAUUAAUAAAGUGUCUGCAAGCCAUCAGGCCAUGCCACAUCCUUACAUGAGGGAGAUAUAUCAACGUUUGGACUCACUGGAGGUUCAGGACUUUGCGAGUUCAGAUGGAACGCUGGUGCAGAGUUUUCGGAGUGUUGUUGGUCCACAUUACGCUCGUCCAGGCUGGAUCUGGUUUAAUGUCAGCAGCCUGGACCCCUCCAUGCUGGGGGCAGAGUUGGUUCUGUUCAGGAAGACCCUGCACCCCCGCCCCAUCAGUGUGACUGUGACCCUGCACAGUGUCACAGCCUGGCAGGGAGCUCUGAAGGAGAGUCCAGCCCUAGAGGACAGACUGCUGUCCCUGGACCAGCGAGCCUCAUCCGGAUAUGAUGUGUUUGAUGUCUCAGCUGUCCUGCCUGUGAAGCCUCUGGGGGGGGUGGGCUUUCAGCUGCAUUAUACAGACGAGCGUGGGAGUCUGGUCCUCCAUGAAGCCCUCACACAAAGUCUUUACUGUUUAAACAGAGGAUCCCUGAGGGAACCCUUGCUGGUGCUUUACCAGUCACCCCCCCUCCACAUCUGACUUUGACCACUGCUAGUGUGAAGCUGGUCACUAAAUCAACCCCCCCCCUGAUGUGUUGCCUAUGCAAACUGUUUGAGCACAAAAGUGACAGGACGUAAUAUGAUAAUAUAAUAGUCGCAAUUAUUCUUUAGGGCUCUUUAAAUGUGUAUUUGUCAGGAUGUGUGCUUUUCUUGAUGUAGCCUUUUUAUACAUUUUCUUCUUUUUUUUUAAAUUAUUAUUAUUAUUAUUAUUAUUAUUAUUAUUAUUAUUAUAAAUAAUAAAAACUAGUACCAGAGCAUUAUUUAGUCAUCUUUAGUUCUGAAAGUUUCUACCGAAGAUGUUAGUGCUUUUUUCUGUCUGACUUGAUCGUAAUGUUGUUUCCUUAAAUCAUGGGAGCUUACUGCCAUCUAGUGGAGACCCAGAGUAACUGUAACACAACAUUAAGGGAUAUGAGAAAAAAAGAGUCUUACCAGGGGCCUACAUGCUCUGGCUUAACUAUUGGCUAAUACAGCUAACUGUUAUUGAUAUCAGUAUCAAUAGUCUUAUUAGAAACGACACCACACACAGUUUGGGUGACAGCUGUGGAGAUGCGUUGAUGGGAGUCUUUAGAACUGGAACUAGGGUAUUUCAGCUUCUUAAGAGAUAAAUCAUA